GAUAUUCUUUAUAAUAAUAUUGAUAAUAAUAGGCUAAUACAAUUAUUCUAUAAUAGCCUUAAAGAAAGAAUUAAGGACGAGCUUUAUAAGGAAGACCGUCCCGAAACUAUUAAUAUAUAUAUUAAUAUAACUAUCCACAUCGACGAUCGGCUAUUCUAA